ACGCCGAAGAAAAAAACAACUCUGACAUUUUAGCACCAAACAUGAACACGUCCACCGACUCCAUCUCCCGGGAGUUGUUGUGUAGGGACGCCAGGCUAGGCCGUGGGGCGGACAACUUUGGAGGCUCGUACAAGUCCAGGAACAGCUCAGGGAACCAGGUCACUAGGGAUGACCUGAAUUACAAAUUUCAACCCAAAACCAAAGAAAAAGAGGGUGCCGCCGAAGGUGACGACAAGGGCAAAGGUCACAGCAAGAAGAAACACAAGGCCGACAGCCGCAAAAGCCAGCAGAUGAAAGGUCGAAAGCAGAUAAUGAUCGACCCAUCAUCUGACAUGGAGGGCUUACAAUCCGCACUCGAGGCGGUCAAGCAAAGAACGAUCGAGCUCUCCCAGCCUGGGGAGCUGCAAGUCAAGGCAUCGGGCAUGAAACAGCAGGCAUCUACCACAGAGGGUGCCGCCGAAGGUGACGACAAGGGCAAAGGUCACAGCAAGAAGAAACACAAGGCCGACAGCCGCAAAAGCCAGCAGAUGAAAGGUCGAAAGAGGCGGUCAAGCAAAGAACGAUCGAGCUCUCCCAGCCUGGGGAGCUGCAAGUCAAGGCAUCGGGCAUGAAACAGCAGGCAUCUACCACAGAGGGUGCCGCCGAAGGUGACGACAAGGGCAAAGGUCACAGCAAGAAGAAACACAAGGCCGACAGCCGCAAAAGCCAGCAGAUGAAAGGUCGAAAGUACGUCAUGCUCGACCCCUCAUCCGACAUGGAGGGCUUCCAAUCCGUACUCGUACGCUUCAUUUUUUCUAGCUGGAGUUGGUUGGGUGAACCGGGUGGUCAGGGUUUUAGCAACACGAUGUAUAUUUUAGUACAUAGCCAAUCCCUUCUAACCGGGUGACACCAGCCAAGGGGUGACAUCACAACGAAAUGUAACAAAUUUUAAUGAGAAAUUCUACUCAUUAAAGUUUUUUUUAGGCAUAGGGUGACACACUUAGAGAUGGGGGUGACACCGA